CCCUAUAAAAUAAACUUGCCCUCUUCCAAAUCAAUGGAAAACCGCAGGGCGGCCGCAGCAUCGGAGGAUAUCCACACAAAACCCUAAAUUUCCGUCGGCUUCAAGUGAAAAAGAUGUCGGUCUCAGAACUCGCCUGCACCUACGCUUGUCUGGCCCUCCACGACGAUGGCAUCCCUGUCACUGCAGAGAAGAUUGCUACAUUGGUGAAGGCUGCUAAUGUGACCGUGGAAUCCUACUGGCCUAGCCUCUUUGCCAAGCUCUGCGAGAAGAGGAACAUCGAAGAUCUUAUCGUCAACGUUGGCUGUGGCGGUGGCGCUGCCGUUGCUGUUGCUGCUCCUGGUGCCGGCGCUGGUUCAGCUCCGGCCGCUGCUGCUGCCCCUGCCGCUGAGGAGAAGAAGGAGGAGCCCAAGGAGGAGAGUGAUGAAGAUAUGGGAUUCAGCUUGUUUGAUUAGGCGUUUGUCAAUCUUAUUCUCUUAUAAAUGUACUAGGAAGGUCUUUCAGUUCGUUGAAAUUUUUGGGUAUAGCAUUAUGUUACUAGAAGGCGUUAUGAUUUUCUUUUACAAUGUAGUUUACUGAAUGGAUAACUAUGAUGCAAACGUGUUCUAGAUUUUUAUCCAUUAAGCAGUUUUGUUGCGUUUAUAUUUGGGGAUGGUUUUCUUUGUUAAACUCGUGGUUUUAGGCAGUGAAGCAUGUUUGUUGCUAA